UCCACUGCCUGGUUUUAUUGCGUCAUACGUAACUGGCGACGAGUUUUAUCGAUAUUUCACUAAUAAUAGUUAGAUUCAUAGUGAUAAAUACGUUUCAAAGUCUUUAUUGGGAACAUGCCUUACGGAAAAAUUGAAAGUUUCGAUUUGUCAUCGCGAAAGUGGACGAUAUACGUAAAUCGUGUAAAACAAUUUAUCGCCUUGAACGAAAUUAAAAAUUCUCUGCAUGUUGCCACGUUAAUAACCGUAGUUGGAGAACCAACCUACGAUUUGAUGUGUGAUUUGUGCGCGCCCGAUAAACCGGAGGAUAAAACGUUCGACGUACUGGUUGAAAUAGUAAAGAAGCAUCUAGAACCCAGGCGUUCGGAAAUCGCAGAACGGCAUAUCUUUCGUCAGCGGCGACAAAAGCCGGGUGAAGAUUUGAGUUUGUAUUUACAAACCCUUAAACAUCUGGCUAGUACGUGCAAUUUUGCUGAAAAAUUGGAAGAAAACUUAAGAGACCAGUUCGUCUCGGGGCUUGUUAACGACGAGAUGCGAAGUCGUAUAUUCGCGGAAACGGACUUGAACUACAAGAGGGCAGUGGAAUUGGCGCUGGCGCUGGAGGCGGCGGAGCGGCACGCGGAGGCAAGCGGCUCGGGCGGCACGGCGCCGGGCGCGGGCCCGCACGGCGCGGCGGUCGCGGGUGGCGCCGGCGCGGCUCCUGUACAGGUGCAUAAGCUGGACGCGGCGGACAGCGGCGGGCCGCGCGGCGCGCGUCAGCGGCAUUGUUGGAGGUGCGGGCGGCAGCACCCGGCCGAAAGGUGCAAGUUUCGGCAAUAUACUUGUGAUCUGUGCAUGGCGAAAGGCCAUUUAAAGAACAUGUGCAAAAAUGUGAGUGAGCGUCCUAGUCAGUUUACGAAGAAGAAGAAGAAUCAGUUUUUUUUAGAAGCUGAAACGGAGAACGACGAUAGUGAUUUUUAUAACAUACAGGUUGAUGGCGUUGCGGAUAAACCGUAUGUAGUACAAAUUUUUAUACAAAGUGUACCUAUAAAUUUUGAAGUCGAUACGGGUAGUAAAAUAUCAGCAAUCAAUGAACAUAUGUUUAAAAUGUAUUUUCAAUCUUGUGAAGUGUUUGAAUGUAAUUUAACCUUAAGGUCCUAUACGGGGAAUGUGAUCAAACCCAUCGGUUUUAUUAGAGUUCUAGCGCGGUAUGUUAAUUGUAAUGGCGAGGAGCGCACGGCGCGGGCGCUACCGCUGUACGUCAUACCGGGCGGUGGUCCGCCGAUACUAGGCCGGGCGUGGCUGCGACAUUUACAGCUGAAUAAUAUCAGCAUAAGGUUAAAUCAUUUGGGACAACCGAACACGGUUGAUGAGACGGAGCAGAUCAUUUUAAAUUUUAAACAAGAAUUUUCUGAUGUUUUUGCCCCCGGAUUGGGUACUUGUACUAAAAAGUUUUCGUUACGGCUGAAAGAUGAUGAACCAGUUUUUCAUAAAGCACGCAAUCUACCGCUAGCGUUGCGUGAACCUGUAGAAAAGGAGAUUCAACGUUUAGUUAGUCAGGGCACUAUUGUCAGAGUGGAAAAUUCGGAUUAUGGGACCCCAAUCGUCCCCGUUAUCAAGAAAUGUGGCAGUAUUCGAAUAUGCGGCGACUAUAAGGUCACUAUCAAUCCUAAAUUGAAGCGCGAACCGUACCCGUUGCCGCGUAUUGAAGAGUUGUAUAGCAUACUGAGCGGAGGGAUUUUUUUUAGUAAGAUAGACUUGGCUCACGCUUACGAACAGGUAAUUUUAACCGAGGAUUCCCGACCGUGCACAGCAAUCAGUACACAUGUAGGCACUUUUCAGUAUAUUCGUACCCCGUACGGUUUAAGUUGUAUACCGGAAAAAUUCCAAAAGAUGAUGGAGGAAGUAGUAAGAGGGGUACCGAAUACGGUCGUAUUUUUGGAUGACAUUUGCGUUGCGGGUGCUGACUUUAAAAGUCAUCUCCGGAACUUGCGUGAGGUAUUUCAGAGGUUGCAAAAAGUAGGGCUAAGAAUCAAGUUUGAAAAAUGUGAAUUCUUUAAAUCAGGCGUCUGCUACCUCGGUCAUAUUAUCGACAGGGACGGCCUACGGCCGGACCCCAAGAAGAUCAGAGCCAUUGCCGAAUCACCCCGUCCCACUGAUGUUCAACAGCUCAAGGCGUUGGUAGGUCUCGUUAACUAUUACGGAAAAUUUAUACCUAAUCUGAGUAAUUUAUUACAUCCACUUUACGAGCUAUUUAAAAAAAAUCGUCCUUGGAACUGGAGUGCAAAUUGUGAAAUGGCCUUAAAGAAAGUAAAAAAUAUUUUACUUAGCGAUAAAAUCUUAGCUCACUACGAUCCCACCUUGCCUAUAGUGUUGAGCGUGGACAGCAGUGCUUACGGGGUCGGGGCGGUGCUGGCGCACCGGUACCCGGACGGCUCGGAGCGACUGAUAUGCUGCGCGUCGCGAACUCUGAACGCGGCGGAGAAAUCGUACAGCCAGCUCGAUAAGGAGGCACUGGCGAUAUUUUUCGGUGUCACAAAGAAUCACCAGUACCUUUAUGGUAGAAGUUUUGUUAUUCGUACGGAUCAUAAGCCUUGUCCUAUAUUUUCGGAGAGAAACUGGAACGGGCCCGCGGACUGUCUCUCGCGGUUGCCAUUACCUCAGAACGGCAAUGAUAACUCUGUGGAUGCAUAUUCAUAUUUGUGUUUUUUAGAAAGCGCGUUCCCUGUGAAUCAUAAAGACAUAGCGGAGGCGGUUAAAAUAGAUCCCGUUUUGCGAAACGUUUAUAAAUAUAUAAUUUUCGGUUGGCCUUCAAAUACAGAUGUCGUUCAAGAAAAGCCUUAUUUUAAUCGCAAAGAUAAUUUGUACGUAGACUCUGGUUGUAUUAUGUAUAACUACAGAAUAGUCAUACCGCCCAAGUUCCGCCAAUAUAUUUUAAACGAGUUACAUGAGGGUCAUUUAGGGGUUGUCAAAAUGAAAAACACAGCCCGGAGCUACGUAUAUUGGCCGGGCUUGGACGGUGACGUUGAGCAAAUAUGUAAAAGCUGCGCGGCGUGCCAGCAGCAGCGCGACGCGCCACCGCACGCGCCGCUCACGCCCUGGGAGUUCCCCGCGCGGCCCUGGCAGCGCUUACAUUACUUAAUUAUUGUUGAUGCGUACAGCAAAUGGAUUGAAGUUUUUCAAUUAAAUAGUACUGCUGCGAAGUUCGUAAUUUCUAAAUUUAGAGAAAUAUUUGCUCGAUUUGGUUUACCACUUCAAGUCGUCACAGAUGGGGGGCCUCCGUUCGGUUCCCAUGAAAUAAAGGAAUAUUUUAAUAGGAACGGUAUCAUCCAUAACAUCACUAGUCCGUAUAGACCUAAGGGCAACGGCGCCGCCGAGAAUGCUGUUAAAACUGUCAAACGCUGUAUUAAAAAGGCUUGUUUCGAAGGGGUAGAAAUCGAUGCUGCAAUAAAUAAAAUGUUGUUUAAUUAUAGAAACUGCGAGCAAGCUACUACCGGCGUAGCACCAGCAGUAGCAUUGAUCGGACGGAGAUUGAGGGGUCGUUUGGAUAUUCUACGGCCAGAUGUUGCAUCACGUGUCCGCAGUAAGCAACUUGUGCAAAUUGAGCGCGCUGGUGGCACGCAGCGUGAGGUUCAGCGUGGAGAUAAUGUGUUUAUUAGAAAUUAUGGCAGAGAUAAAACGAAGUGGGUUGAAGGUCAGGUGAGCGAUCAGGUAGGGCCUUCUUCGUUUGAAGUUAAUGUGCCGCAUGGCACGGUAAGGAGGCAUAUUGAUCAAAUUAUUAAACCUGCUAGGGCCUCUAAGCGCUACUCGCUCACAUGCACCUCCAAAGACACCAAUGGUGACAUGACGUCAGACUUUGAUAUUUUACCCGAGCAACCUGUGACGGCACAGAAUUCAGAAAUAAUAUCGGGACCGGAGAGGAAGGAUCACAGUUCUGACGUUCAGUCUGUUGUUAAAGAUCAGGUAGAGGAUGAUAAGUACGAACUAGCGUCCACCUCCCCAGUGCCGGGCACAGACUUCUCGGAGGAGAAAGGCUAUGUAGAGCUUAAAACCAUCAUACUACGUUUGACCGGCAUAGGCUUAGCAAGCUCACGAAUUAAGGCCCCAAAAUCGUGA